GUGUUUCUUCGUAUCUUUUACAGAGAGCUUCAUCAUAGGGCCCAAGGACACCCUCAUGUCUGUGAUCACGUACAACGCAAGAGUGAGACCUCAGUUCUGCUUCAACGAUUAUCAGAAUAACGCAGCAGUGAAAGAGGCUAUAAGCAAGAUCAGAUACUCCACUGGUGUCACAAGAACUGACCUGGCUCUGCAGUACGCCCGAGAGUAUACCUUCAACACCAGCACCGACUGUGGAGCUCGAGAAGGCGCUGCUAAAGUGGUGUUGGUCGUUACAGAUGGAAACUCCACCGUCCCUGGGUUCACCAUACAGCAAGCUGAGAAGCUACACGAGAGUGGCCCUACUGUUAUCACUGUGGGUAUCGGGGCCGCUCUGAGCAGAAAAGAACUGUUCGCCAUCGCCUCUGAGAACUCGCUCGUCUUCCGGGUCAACGACUUCAGCCUGCUGGAUGUUAUCAAGAACCGAGUCGUUGCCACCGCCUGUAUGGCCUCUCUGAUAUCACCGGGCUACCACGAUCUGUGUAAUGCCUACUGCCGCAGUAACAUGCGUUGUCAAAUGAACGUUGCCAGUGAGGUCAACAUGUGCGAAUGCCCACCGUUCACGACUUAUGACCCCAAGAACAUCGUCUGCUUGUAAUUUUGAUACAUGGUUGAGCUGACUUCAUCCCCCGAGUACUUUUUUUCCCCUCCCUCUUCAUGCUUUUGUGAAACUCUUUCACAAUCAUUGACGACAAACGCUUGCUAAAGGAUCGGAGCUGAAAGAAAAACGAAUAAAAACCCUUAAUAAAGACUGGAAUUAACA